GGAUAGUCUACAACAGCGCUGAUAUAUUUUCUUAGCCAAUGCGUAACAGUUUUCGGAAACCGGUAAAUGACGAUAAUCUUUCAUCAAUUCUAAGUGAUUUUUAAGAAUGCGAUUGUGAUUGUAAUAAUUAAAAAAUUAAAUUAAUUUGAAAAUAUUACACCGAUAAAACGAUCAAAUGCAACGCAGUUAGUAAAGGUGCAGUUGCAGUGCCAUACCGUAUGCUUGUCAUGGCGGCGAGGAGGACGAGCAAUAAAAAUGGCCGGAAGAUACAAGGGGCAGUGGGGAGGGAUAGUAAGGCCGAAUAGAAGGCAGCGGUCCACGCGUUCUCAGCAGCCUAUCCUAGAUUUAUUUCCGUGGAUGUUGCGCAAUAAUAUGUUGCGUUGUUAGCUCACUGAAUGCUACCCCUCGUUUGGUUUCGAAGAAGUGCCAAGGGCUAAAAAAAUAGGUUCCUGUCAAAAAGUAAAACGAUAAGAAAAAUCAUCGAAAUACUUUGAUGACGUAUCUCGAUCGUUAACACAUUUAUGCGAUAUAUACACAGUCGUAUUGCGAGAUAAGAUUACAUUAACGAGGUAAUCAUGAGUCGCAUGAAAACGCAACAAUCUCUGUCAGAAGUGAAUUUACGUUCGAAAUUAGUUACGUUUUAACACAAUAUUCACAACAAUGCUCUUCAUUUUGUAUGUGUGAUACUUGGUACAGUUUAAAACGCGCUUCUUGCGUAGGCCGCCAUCUUUACAAUAUAGAUGCAGGUGCACCAAACAACGUACAAGCUUUGGACUUAUCGGAUAAUGUGAUAUCAUUUCUAAAUAGUUUUGAACUAAAGAAUGCUGAACUGACGAAGUUACGAUAUCUUAAUCUUUCCAAGAAUGCAAUCAGUGAAAUUAGUUUGAAUGCUUUUGAUGGUCUUACAGAUUUAACAGUCUUGGACUUAUCGAAAAAUCGACUUCAUUAUAUUUUAGAUGAAGUUUUUGAAAAAAAUGAGAAUUUACGAAUUUUGAAAUUAUCAAAUAAUAAUUUCAACUCACAUAUACCAAAAUUGCGAUCCUUUUCGUUAAUGGAAUUAACUUUGGAUUCAUGUCGGAUCAGUCAUUUACCACUGGAUACAUUCAAUGGACUCACGCACAUUCGUCGUCUCGAUCUUUCAAAUAAUUUGAUGAUUCAGAUGAGCAACACUGUUGUGCAAACAUUGCAUUUUUUAAAGAAAUUAUCAUUAGAAGGAAAUCCAUGGUCUUGCAACAAUGUUUUACAUGAUUUACAAAUAUACCUCAAAUAUAAGAAUAUUGAAUUCAAUGAAAUUUGUGGUAAGAAAAAUAAUUCUCAGAAAUUUGAGAAAAUGAUUCUUCUUCCUGUAACAAUCUCGCGCAAUUAUCAUCAUUCGGCAAUUGUGAAUACAUCUACUAAGAAAAUUAAAUCGAUAACAAAAUAUAAUAUAUCAAAUAUAUUAAACAAUAAAAAUUUAUCAAUAUGUGAACAAAUGAUAAAUCAAACACAUAUUAUUAAUUCAACAGAUAAAUUUGUAUCAUAUUGGUUUCUCUGCCUUGGUUUUAUAGCUGGUAUUUCCAGUGGAUUAAUUAUUUCUUAUAUUUGGUUAUCAAAAAAAUAUUUGUAUAAUCCAAGAUACUGCUAUCAUAGACAACUUCAUGACGACUUAAUAGUUUCUCAAAGAGUGUCUUUGUUAAAUUCGUUUUUACAAGGACGUACGGAUAGUAACGGAAGCUUGAUAGAAUCUUGUCCAGGUACUCCUCCACCGCCAUAUCGGGAUGUUAUAUUAAGACCUACUCUUUAUCGCUAUCCAUCAGUAGUUUCAAAUUUAAAUAAUAAUGAUACCAGAUAUAGAGAAAGAUAUACAUAAUUUCACGAAAUAACUCAUAACUUAUGAGUACAAAAUAUUACAAUGUAAUUUAUUAAGGGAUGAAGUUCUAAUUUU